ACUUUUUUUUUAAACAGGCUUGCUUUACGGGAUCGUCGACGCGCUCUCACACGGAUGAUGAAUCCGAUUAUCGGCAAAGCACUAUUCCUCACUCUUGGUACGAGUAUGUGGAUAUGGAUGCAAGCCUACGUCAAACUGCAGAUUGCAAUUCACGGUGAAAACGUUUUGAAACCUCUCAAUCGGACAGUCCCGAAUGACUUCUACAGUGCGUCCUUCGGACAACACGAUUACGCAGAACUAACGAAUAUUACCAUGCAUUAUGUGACAAAAGGCUGUGAUGUUGGGAAGCGUCCUGUUGUUCUUCUCUUGCAUGGAUUUCUCGAUUUUUGGUACAUCUGGAACAGGCAGAUCCCAACGCUUGCAGAUGAUUUCUGCGUUGUAGCACCGGAUCUACGCGGCUAUGGCAAUACUUCACGGCCAAAGGACAGCGCGCAAUACCUGAUGGCGAACCUCAUUGAGGAUGUCAAAGAUCUACUUGACAAAAUAAAUCCUCAACACAAGAAAAAUGUCGUCCUUGUCGGGCAUGACUGGGGUGGCAUGAUCGCCUUCUGUUUCGCAACGGUAUACGAAAAGAUGAUCGACAAGAUGGUAAUCAUCAAUGGCGUACACCCUCUCGCUUACACGAAGCAACUGUUCCGAAGCCUCAAUCAGAUGAGGAUGUCCUGGUUCGCGAUUCCUUUUCGACACUCGGUUGUUCCCGAGCAGUACCUGAUGCUAAAAGACCUCAAGUUUUUUGACAAGAUGCACAAGUCUUUCACAGCCAGUGAGAAAUACGCUCACAAAUAUGUGUUUUCACAGCAAGAAAAGGCUUGCUUGUGCGGUUACAACAUGAUGUCUCGAUGGGUGGCCAAUAUAAUAAUCUCUGCAGUCGCAUCUAGCAUGUGGAUCUGGAUGCAAACUUACGUGAAGGUUCAAGUUGCUUUAUACGGACAGUCAAUACUUAUUCCUAAAAACCGGACAGAACCACCCGACCUAACGAACGACACGUAUGGAAGGCAUGCAUACUCAAAUCUCACCAACAUCACAAUGCAUUACGUCACCAAAGGUUGCGAAGACGUACGGGCAGACCGUCCUAUGCUUCUGAUGCUGCAUGGAUUCUUGGACUUCUGGUUCAUUUGGAACAGACAGAUAGCUACUCUCGGGGAGCAAUUCUGCGUUGUAGCACCAGAUUUGCGUGGCUACGGUCUUACUACGAAGCCUAAAAAUCCGGAAGACUACCUGAUGACGAAGCUUAUCGAUGAUCUAAAGGAAUUUAUCGAUGAACUCAAUGUUAUCAUGAAAAGGGACAUUGUCCUUGUCGGACACGACUGGGGUGGAAUGAUUGCGUUUUGUUUCGCAACAAUGCAUGAGAAGUUAUUACAAGGUCUCGUUAUCAUCAACGGAGUGCAUCCAAUGGCCUUCUAUAAGCAGUUUUAUCAAAGUGAGGAGCAAAUAAAGAAAAGCUGGUUCAUAGAGCCAUUUAAGCACCCUGACCUGCCUGAGAAGUACAUCAUCAUGAAGGACUUCGCGCUCUUCGACCAGAUGCACAAGGGGUUCACCUCGCAGGAGGAAGAUGCCCACAAGUACAUGUUUUCGAAGAACGGUUCCCUGACUGCAGCACUGAACUAUUACCGCGCCUUCGUGAAGGACAAAGACCAACUGAGGAAACUGCCUUACCGCAAGAUCAACGUCACCACAAUUAUCCUUUGGGCCGAGAAAGACGACUUUCUCACGAAGCCCAUUGCAAAGUACAACCAGGAGUGGCUCAAAACUUCAAAGAUAGUGUACUACACCAAGGCCGGGCAUUGGGUGCUACGGCAGUGCCCCGAUGAGGUGAACGAGCACAUUAGUAACUUUGCAAUGGACGAAUGGCAGGAUGUAGUGGUGGAGGAGAGGAGUCUAACGAGUUACUUCCUUCCGGGGGUACAGAACGUCUUUCACAAGACCUUCAGGCUUCUGGCAGUGAAGAGCUCGACGAAAGUUUGA